GGAAGCGUUAGUUCCACCAGCUCCGCCUCACUGUCUUACCGCGCUGACUCUCGUCGCUGAAGAUUCGACUGGCAAUGUUCUGAAAUAUCCACUUCCAACGGCGUUUUAAAGUAUCUAAGAAUUAUGUUGUCACCUUCUUCGAGUGCUGGCGAUAAUAAGGAUGUGCUUGCCAAUGAAAUCGAAGUAUUAUUUCCAAAUAUCAUAGACGACAAAAUAGAAACUGUAGAAUUUUUGGAUGCAGCACGAGGCAUUGUAAGAAUUAUUGAAAAGCUUGGUAAAGUGUUUGCUCCAGUUAAAUAUGAUAUUCAAGGCAACAUUAAUAAACUCACAACCCGAUAUGCAAAGGACGAAGAAAAAAAUGCGACUCUACAAGACAUGAUUUUAAUUGAAAAAAAUACUGAAACCAAUUUAAUCGCUACGGAUGCUUUAAUGUGGUUAACAAGAGGUUUGCAUAUGAUUUUGCUAUUUUUCGAGCAAAUUAUCGAAGAUGCCAAAACAACUACACCAACAGAGGAUUUAGUAGCAUUUUUAAAAAAAGCUUAUAAAGAAGCUUUAGAACCGUAUCACGGCUGGAUGGCGCAACAACUUUUUGACCUCCUUUCGCUCAUGGUGCCUACACGUUCACAACUUUUACAAGCACUUACUAAUAAACAAACAACUGAGAAUAGCACUGUUAUACAAAACAUGGAAUUUUAUUUACAGCGCUUACAAAAAAAUGUGUCAGUAAUACAGUCAUUUUAUAAAGCUAAUAAUCUUGAUCCUUCAAGAUAAAAUAUUGUUAGUCUUAAAAUUGUAUUCAUUAAGUAUCAUGUUAAUUAAGAAUAUUAGAAGGUAAAAUUGGACAAUAGUACUGUGAUAUAAUACACUAGUGUAUUGUAUAAUAACUAUACUUAACUUAUAUUUGCUCAAAAAUCUAUAUAUAAUUCCUAGUUAUAAUGUUAUUUUAGGACAUUCACAUUAUGUACAUGUAUCAUAUAAAUGCAUUAAGUAAAAUACUUUAGCACGAUGA